GCUGUUGUGUGGACUGUAGGCCGAUCAUCAUGCGUGAAAUUGUACAUCUGCAAAUUGGACAAUGUGGCAACCAGAUCGGCUCAAAGUUUUGGGAAGUGAUCAGUGAAGAACAUGGGAUCAAUGCAACAGGCAUAUAUGAAGGAGACAGCAACCUCCAGCUUGAGAGGGUCAACGUCUACUUCAAUGAGGCUCAUGGUGGAAAAUAUGUCCCCAGGGCCCUGCUUGUGGACUUGGAGCCUGGCACUAUGGACAGUGUGAGAGGAAGCCGCAUCGGGGCUCUUUUCAGACCAGACAACUUCAUUCAUGGGAACUCAGGAGCUGGGAACAACUGGGCGAAAGGCCACUAUACAGAGGGAGCUGAGCUGGUGGAGCAGGUUGUUGACAGGGUGAGGAACGAGAGUGAAAGCUGUGAUUGCCUCCAGGGCUUUCAGUUGGUUCACUCUCUUGGAGGUGGCACUGGCUCCGGUAUGGGCACCCUCAUAAUCAACAAGAUUCGAGAGGACUACCCCGAUCGCAUUAUGAACAGCUUCAGCAUCAUGCCGUCACCUAAAGUCUCUGACACUGUGGUGGAACCUUACAACGCCACACUGUCGGUCCACCAACUUCUGGAGAACACAGAUGAAACCUUCUGCAUUGAUAAUGAAGCCCUUUAUGACAUCUGUUUCCGCACAUUAAAACUGACCACACCAACUUACGGGGACCUCAACCACCUGGUCUCCAUGACCAUGAGCGGGGUCACGACAUCUCUGAGAUUCCCUGGACAACUCAACGCUGACUUGAGGAAGCUGGCUGUCAACAUGGUGCCUUUUCCUCGUCUGCACUUCUUCAUGCCAGGCUUUGCCCCUCUGACAGCACGUGGCAGCCAACAGUACAGAGCCCUGACUGUGCCUGAGCUCACACAACAGAUGUUUGAUGCCCGCAACAUGAUGACUGCGUGCGAUCCAAGGCGGGGGCGCUACCUCACAGUUGCAGGUGUCUUCCGUGGAAGAAUGUCCACCAAAGAGGUAGACGAACAGAUGCUUGCAAUCCAGCAGAAAAACAGCAACUACUUUGUUGACUGGAUCCCCCAUAACGUCAAGGUCGCAGUGUGCGACAUCCCACCCAGAGGCCUAAGAAUGGCCUCCACGUUCAUUGGCAACAACACGGCCAUUCAGGAGAUAUUUCGCCGAGUGGGGGAACAGUUCUCCCUGAUGUUCAGGAGGAAGGCUUUUCUCCACUGGUACACAGGGGAGGGUAUGGAUGAAAUGGAGUUCAGUGAGGCAGAGAGCAACCUCAACGACCUGGUGUCAGAGUACCAACAGUACCAAGAUGCUACUGCUGAUCUAGGUUGGGAGGCAGAAGAUGAAGAUGAGGAAGGACCCUCACCAACAACAGCAAGACAGAUUCAGUCUCGGACGGAAGUCAAAUUGGAAACAGUGAUAGAAACAAGCAAAGAAACUGUAGAUGAGUAGAGUUAGAGUGCACAGGAUGGAGGUGAUUCUUUGUCGCAAGGAUGUAGACAACGUACAGUAUGGGGUUGGUUGAUCUGAAGUGGAACUCUUUCGUUAAUUGUUUAGGUUUCACCUGUGGUUUAUUUCUAAUUUAUUAGUUCAUUCCCUUUAUUGGAUACAGGUUGAUCUGUGCCAAAUAUCAAGCUUCAGUGAGAAUUAUCAACUUAUUUGGAGCUUUUACUUGCAGGUUAGCUGAAAAAGCUGACAGAUGCACCUAAAAUAACACAAUGAUUAACCACGGUUGGUAGUCUAACAUUUUAUUUAGUUAGCAUUUAGAUCAAAAUUACAUAUAAAAUAUGCUUUCAGACAUUUUCCGCCAUGUGCCAAAGUAGUUAUAAAUGUGUAUAUUUUUAGUCUUGACUUUUUUUUAAGCAUAUUCUUUUAAGUUAUUUCAUGACAUAAGCUGUAUGUAGAUUCUAUAGUUUUUUUUUGCCAACUUGCUGAUUUAUAAAGGUUGUAGCUUGUAAAGCUUGAUUUGUGCUUAUUCUUUAGACCAGUGCAGUUUUAUGCCAUGAAUAUUAAUACCAGUGUGCUUGUUAGCAGCUGUUUUUUAUUCAGCUGCACUGACUCUCUGACAGGGCUGUUAUACUAAAAUACUUUACAACUACACCAAGCUUUAGAUGCACAUUACAGCCAUUAGAUUUUGUGUGUGCCUUCCUUUUUUCUUCUUCUUUUUUCAUGACACAGAUAUAUUAAAGGCAUGUUCAUUAUCUCUUUAGGUGUUUUUUAUUUCAUGUUUUUUAUACAAAUCUACAAGAAUGGGUAUGUAUAUCAUGUAUGUCUUUGCAGGGGCCAAAAGUCGUUCAUAUCUACAGAUGUACCAAAAUUCCAGUUUUAUAAGUAAAUGCACUGCAUGCAUUCAACACAAUGAUGAAAAGUCACCUCAUUUACUAAAAUUACUGCAGCACAGAAAAGAAGGAAGAUGUUAGACAUGUUAUGUAUCACAAUACUGAGGAGUUUGAGUCUAUACAGAGACUAGCAACACCAUGAAGACAGCACAUAGGCACAAAGGCAGAACAGGUAUUCUGCUGCACUAUGAAUAAACCAUAGAUAAUUAAUGCCUCUUAUAUUUUACUUUGAUAUUUCACAAAGGGGUUAUCUUUCAGCCAAGUUGUUUGCCAUGUGAAGCAAGCCAAAUGUAUGUAGAGGUGCACUUAAUGUAGAACCAUAAAUGAAGCUCAUAUGGAUUACUUCCUCUGUAUUGUCAUCAUCAUCUGAGAUUUAUUAAUAAUUACUUUUUAUAUCAGCAUUAUUAAUGUUAAUAUGUGAUAGUGUUAGAAUUUUCUUAUUUCACAAGCUGUUUUAUAUACUUUGGGGCAUAAAAUUUAAAAAAGUAAAAAAGAAGCAUACAAGUGUUAACUUGAACUUUGAUUAUAAUUCUGUGACAUAUUUCUGCAAUAAUAUUGAUUGUUCUUUUUUUAAAAAAAUAUUUGACAUAUUGGACAUAUUUGAAAGAAUGUAAGGAAAUUAUUGUAGCUUGCAGUUCUAUAUAAUCCACUGCUUUAAAGAUAGAAUUGUGAUGUUUCAUCUAAACGCUACAUUUUUUGUAUUCUAUAUAAUGAUAAUAAAAAAAAUAGUAAAACCUAAGUGUGAUGCUGUCUAACAGCUGAAUGAAUAUCUAUUAAAACACCUUGAAUAUGA